AUGGUGGCCGGCGCAAACAUUUCAAAACUACGCAGUCUCCCAGAACAGUAUCCUGUAUUGCGGGGGAUGAUAUCCUAUGCAAUAAUAUGGCCUGCAUGCAGUAUUACACAGGAAUAUAUAGAAAACGAAACUUCAAUAGAUGAAAUCAAUUGGCCACGAGCAGCUCGCUUCGGUUUUUUUGGCGCUUUUUUCAUGUCACCUGUAUUUUACGGUUGGAUGAAGUACUCCAGCCGCUUCUUCGUUGGCAAGAAUCUUCUCACAGCCGUUAAAAGGGCAGCCAUAGAGCAAGUGUCAUAUUCUCCACUUGCCAUGGCGUACUUCUUCUUUGGUAUGAGCGCGUUAGAAGGUAAAACGUUAAGUGCGUGUGUGAAUGAAGUCAGAGAAAAGCUUUGGCCGACGUACAAGAUUGGGGUUAUAUUUUGGCCGAUGGUGCAGACUUUAAAUUUUUAUUUUAUUUCGGAUAAAAAUAGGAUUGUGUUUGUGAGUGCCGCUAGUUUUGUAUGGACCGUAUAUUUGGCACAUAUGAAGUCGAAAAGGCAAGGAAAUGACAAGCCCAAGUGA